AGGUUUGCCGACGGUCAGCCAUCUUUCUCGGUUACUUGUCAUUCAUCGCGUCUUGAAGAAAAAGCUCGGAAGCAAAGCAGCGACUGCCGCAGCCAUGGCCAAACCAAGAGUAUUCUUCGACAUCACCUCCGACGGCGCGCCUCUUGGCCGCGUGGUGAUGGAGCUGCGCGCCGACGUGGUUCCCAAGACGGCGGAGAACUUCCGCGCCUUGUGCACGGGCGAGAAAGGUUUUGGCUACAAGGGUAGCACCUUCCACCGCGUCAUCCCGCAGUUCAUGUGCCAGGGUGGAGACUUCACCAAUCACAACGGAACUGGGGGAAAAUCCAUCUACGGGAACAAGUUUGCUGAUGAGAACUUCACCCUGAAGCACACGGGAUGCGGAAUCUUGUCCAUGGCAAACGCUGGACCCAAUACCAAUGGCUCGCAGUUCUUCAUCUGCACCGCCAAGACUUCCUGGCUGGACGGUAAGCACGUGGUCUUCGGCAGUGUGGUGGAGGGCGAGGAUAUUGUCAAGAAAAUGGAGGCGAAAGGCUCCGGCAGUGGGAAGACCUCCUCCAAGUUGGUCAUCCAGGACUGUGGGCAACUCUGAGACUCCCCACCCACUCCCUUCUUCCCUCCUCCCUCCUGCUGUCAGCUUGUCAUUCCACAUUCCAGCUCAUAAUGGAACAACUCAUUUCCUUUUAUUUCCAUCAUGGUUUUUGUAACAAUUCCAAACUUGUUGCUGCAUUUGUGAUUAUGCCUCAAUGUUUGGUUUGCAUUUAACGCUCUGCUCAAACGGUUUUCGAUCGACAAGAAAUUAAAACAUGGCCUUGAUGACUCAA